AUGGUGGGAAACUUUCUCAUUAUUGUGGUUAUAGCUGCCAGUAAUCACCUUCACACCCCCAUGUACUUCUUCUUGCUGAAUUUGUCCAUCUUAGACCUUUCAACCAUCUCUGUCACUCCAAAGUCCAUGGGCAGUUUUCUAUGGAAUACCACAUCCAUCUCCUAUUCCGGCUGUGUUGCCCAAGUCUUUUUCUUCCAUGUUUUUGGUGCUGCUGAACUUGCUUUACUGACUGUCAUGGCAUAUGAUCGUUAUAUUGCCAUCUGCAGACCUCUUUACUACAAUAUCAUCACGAAGGGGAGCACUUGCAGCCUCAUGGCAGCCAGUGCAUGGCUCAGCUGUGUCCCUUACUCUGCUCUCCACACUGGGAACAUCUUUUCUUUAACCUUCUGCAAGUCCAACAUUAUUGAACAGUUCUUUUGUGACAUUCCAUAGCUUCUCAAGCUUUCCUGUUCUCAUUCAUAUUUUAGUGAAGUUGGGGUUCUUACAUAGUUUUUUUUAGUUGCCCUCUGUUUCGUUUUUAUAAGUAUGUCUUAUAUUCAGAUUUUCACUGUGGUUUUGCGAAUUCCUGUCAAGGAAAUCCAGCGUAAAGCAUUUUCAACCUGCAUCCCCCAUCUCAUUGUGGUCUCUAUGUUUGUUAGCACUGGUUCUUUUGCCUACCUUAAGCCUGUCUCUAACUCCCCAUCAGCUCCAGAUCUCACAGUUUCUCUUUUCUAUUCUGUGUUGCCAUCAGUGAUAAAUCCAGUCAUUUACACCAUGAGGAACAAUGGCAUCAAAGCUGCCAUGCAAAAAUUAACUGGCUGCAGAUUAUUAUACAGAAAUAAAUAG